UAGAAAACGCUUUUAAAUUUAAGUUAAAAAAAAAUGAGUUUGGUUGAAUUCUUUUUAAGUUGUUAUUUUUUUUUUGGUCGUGAAUGGUGUAUGGGCGUUCAAUUUGUAUGGAGGAUGCCUCAGCUUUGCAUUGUUACGUUUGGUUUUAAUGGUUGCAUGUCCGACUAAUAAACUAUGUCGACCGGCACUGUUGACAUCAUCGAUCACAACAGUGAACAGUUAUAUAAGUACAAAUCGAAUGUCGUUUACUCUUUUAAAUAGUUCCGCUCUUCAAAUAACAACAGCAAAAAAUGACCAGCAUUGCCUUCAGAAAUGCUCUGCCUUAUCAACCUGCUUUUCUGUUAAUGUAUUAAACAACAUCUCUACAAACAUGGAAAUAGAAUGCCAACUUCUUGGUGAACAAUCAUAUUCGAAUAAAAACAAACUUAUUUAUCAAGCAAAUUCCACCCACUAUACAGUACUGAACGCAGGUUGUGAAAAAGAUUUAUGUUUGAACAAUUCAACAUGUGUACCAAACUAUAAUGACGAUAGCAGCACAUGCAAAUGUCUUUCUUCAAAUUUUGAUGGAACCUUUUGUGAAAGAGGACUUAAAGUUGUGUUGCUAAGAUAUUCUAGACAGUAUAGCUAUGGAGUCCCAGUUCAAGCUUUUAUACAAGAAGCAAAUUUUAAACAGAAAACAGGGUUUUCAAGCUCUUCGUGUUUGUUAACAUUUAACGAUGGAGGUUCUAUUAGUAACAAUCUGGGUGGUCAAGCAUUUGCUUACUUUGUCCCACCGGAAACUGGAACCUAUUAUUUUACUAUAACUUGCUCUUACCACUGCGUGUUAUACGUUUCGACAUUUGGGAAGCAAGACAGGCGAAUGUAUCUUAGCGCUCCAUCAAUUAAAAGUCCAGGAAUAUAUAUAGAAAAAAACAAAAAAAUAUUUCUGGAAAUGUUGAUUGCUAUUCCAACAGCUGUUUAUGGUAAUGCUUAUGGUACUUCAUUUUCGUUGACUGUUACUUUUCCAAAUGGAACGAUAUCUAAUCCAGUUGACAACCAAUAUUUAGCAUCAAUUUUUUAAAAAAGUAGAUAAAUGAAGGUUUCCUUUACGUACUUUGGUUCGUGCUCAAUUUUUUAGAUUUUUUAAGAAUAAUUAAAUAAAAUUUUAAAGAAACUGGAUUCGUAAAGAUAUGAUAUGAGAAAAAAGUGAUUUGAGAGGAACUUUAAAUAAGAACUAUGAUAUAAAAAUUUUUUAUUUGUUAUUAAGAUAAAUGAUUUAAAAAAAAUUAAAUAAAGAAAAAAGAAAAAAGAAAGUACGCGCGUCAAAUGUUUAAAGGAGUUAAUAAAUAUAAAUUUGUAAUUUUUUUUUUUGAAUUAACUCGACUCUAUGGUUAAUAAACCAUUAUUGUAUAUUAAUAUUUUAUCAUAUU